AUGCUUGCCUCGUUUAUUUCGAAACAGACGAUCUUUGCUUAACGUGGCGCUUGAUCCUGCUCUCUCAUCAUGCAACGAAAUAUCCUUAUUGUCAGCCUGAUUGUGGGGCUACUCUUCCUUUUGGCAGGAACAGUAACGACUUACGACGUCAGCCAUGACAUUGAGAAGCGCUCGCUGCCCAAGUGCAAUGUGAAUGAAGGUAUCUUCGAUACUCAGUGCACCGGCGGAAAGGGAUGCAAGAGCAACAAGGACUGCAAGGGCGGGAAGAAGUGCUGCAGUACGGGUUGCGGCAACCAGUGCAAGUAGUGGCUAGUGCUACGGACCGCGAAGCUCUGUAACUCUUAAAAAUGAUCCUGGCAUAAUUGUACAUAUUUUAUUUGUGGUUUACGCGUAUUCGGAACUUUUGCGCGUAUCGUUUAAAUAUGACUGCGGCACUAUGUUAUCCCAAGCAGAAAUGGAAUAUUAUCUAUACUGAAUGUAAUAUGCAAUAAAAUCAAUU